CUUUAUUCCGAUUGGUCAAUCAAACAGCGUUUGCAACGCCAAGUGGACUGCACACCCGAAUAUUAUUUUCGUUGCAGCGUCGAUAGUCGAAUCUCUAAGGACAGAGAUCGACUCGCGCAAACGUUCACCAGGUGGCGACUACAUCUAAACCUAAACCUAAAUAAGAGUCAGCGCGAUCCGACUGAACAUAGGCGACAUAUAGAUACAUAUGUUGCGAGGUUGCAAACCAGCCUGUCGUAUAGUUCUCUACCACAUGUUGAUUAAUUAAAAAACAAGGAGAGAUAAAAACGCGUAUUUUCGCGGACACCACCGCCGGUGCUUGGCACGCGUUUCUCGCGCGGAUCGUCAAUCGUCAAACGUCCGUUUCUACUCGGAGCGUCCAAGUCCGUGUCGGAUUCGCGAACGGCCGAUCUCCACACGCAACUUCUCACGUUCCCUCGAGAGGCACCCGUCGUCGUUGUGUUACGUCACGUACAGUGCCGUCGACAGUAGUCGAGAGUGUCGAGACUACGAUUGCGAUCGUGAUAAUCGGUCGCGAGAAGCCAGCUCGUUCACUGUCACGUACGUAUAUACGUGCGCGUCCGUUGUUUUUCCAGCGCGGGAUUAUCCCUCGUCGUCGAGCAAUCUCAGCGGCGAUAAGCGUGUGACAGCGUCCCGCGCUGUCAAACUGCGAUCCAAGUUCGCGCAGCGAGAUCGAGUCCGAUCGCCACUGCGCGUUGCAUUUUGCACGCCUUGCGUUUACGUCUUCGCACUCGAAUCCGUUUGCGUAUAACCUAAAAGCCGUCGUGAAUGUUGAGAGUCCUUGCGAUCCUCACGGCUUCUUCCUCGGUCCCCGCUCAUCAGACGUUUCCGCGAAUCCGCUCGAGAUCACGCGUUAUCGAAGACGACGUCGCGUGAAAGCGUCGCGAGUAAGCGAGUAGACGGCAGCUGCGAUUUGUCGUCUACGGGCGAGAAAACGGAUUUUUUCGACGUCGAGCGGUCAUCGGGAAAGUAGUCAAAAUUCCGGUCCCUACUAAGAAACGAGAGGGCCUCCAACAAACCGGCGGCAGAAAUCCACCAACGACUGGUGAGGAACCGUCAGGCAAAAUGAACAGCAAGAGGAAGAAUCGUACAAACAAUAACAGGUACUGCCAAUCUCUUGGCUCUCCUCGUCAAGAUCAUAAUAGCAGAUCUCCGCGGGCACGUGUGCCGCAGGAGAGAAACGUUGUAGCGGAAGGAGUCUAUAACAAUGCUCAUUUUAUGCAUGCAAUCACUGGCCAUGUUGGGAAUGUAGUACAGAUUCAAACGCAAAAUGGCUCAAUAUAUGAGGGUAUAUUUAGAACAUUCUCAAGUAAUUUUGACGUAGUAUUAGAAAUGGCUCAUCGGGUAGAGGAAAAGAUUAGUGCGGAUAACAUAGUAGAGAAAUUAAUUUUUAAAUCACAUGAUGUUGUCACUAUAUCUGCCAAGGAUGCUGAUUUGGAAUAUGCUAUAAGAGAUACCUUCCAAACGGAUACAGCCAUUAGUAAGUUUAAUGGUUUAGUUGGUGAGAAAGAGCUUGAGCCUUGGGAUCCACCAACUGCUAUGAAUGGAACUGAUUUAGAAUUAGAUGGUGCCUCUAAUGGCUGGGAUGUUAAUGAAAUGUUUCGUAAAAAUGAACAAGAGUAUGGAGUUCAAACAACGUUUGAGCCUUCGUUAGUUGGUUAUACUUUACAGCUUCAACGUAAAGAUACAAAAGAUUAUAAAGAACAAGAACAGAAGGCUGCUGAAAUAGCAAAUGAGAUUGAAUCUCAACCAAAUCAUAAGGCUAGAUUAGAAUUGGAGAAUGGCGACGAAGAAGAGAGAUUUGCAGCUGUGACAAGGCCCGCCGAAGGAAAAUAUAUUCCACCGCCAUUAAAGAAAAAAAAUGGUAACACUAGCAAACUAAUGAGAUCUAAUGAACCUCCGUCUUCGCCAGGAACCACAAAUAAUAAGAAUGUCUACAACCAACCAUCUCCGUCCACAGUCAAUGUAAAUGUUUCACAACCAAAUAUAUCGGUUGGAGUACAGCCUACUCAUGCUUCGGUGCAACAUCCAGUAUCUUUAAAUAUGGGCAUGCCACCCAAUGGAGUGGUUGUCACAUAUAAUAAUCCACCGCCGCCAUUCGUGCCUCCACCUACGACACAAUCGCAACAAGUAAUCCAACAGAAUCAACCACAAUCUCAAGUUACUUCCUCAAUGCCACAAGUAGGUUUUCCUCCACAACAGCAACAACAACAAGCACCUUCGAAUAAAAUAAAUACGGAGAAACGAGAACGACCCGGUAGACAACAAGUUUAUCAAGCUGAUAAAGCGCCACCAGCGCCAUUUCCUCAAUCAAAUGCUGCAUCUUCUCAUCAGCAGCAACAGUCUUCACAUCAGCAACAUACAUCAUUGCCCCAGCAGAAUUCUGUGGAAGGACAAAUAGUCAUCCACAAAUCAGAUCAUCGAAAGUUUUACUUCAAGGUCUCACGUAGCAGAGAUGAACAGGAUCUGAGACAGUUUGCUUCAGAUUUCAAAUUAGCAGACUCGCCAGAUACUUCUCAAAUUUCCCGAAAGCAACAACAUCAACAUCAACAAGAUGUGCAUUCUGCUACUCCAAUGAAUCAGCCACAUCAUCAAACGUCUCAUCAACAUACAAGUACACAACAGCAACCGCAACAACAGCCGCCGACGCAGCAGCAUACCAGUCCUCACCAGCAACAUCAAAUUGUACAAGAAGAACCUGUCAUUACCAGUAAGCCACCACCUGGUCCAUCACUAGCAGUAAGAUCUACAAGUCCGCCUCAACAGCAGCAGCAACAACAGCAGCAGCAACAACAACAACAACAACAACAACAACAACAACCGCAAACUAAUACUCCAACAGUACAACAAUCACCACCGGAACCCGCAGUUGAUAAAAUAACUACUGCUUUUAAGAAAUCUACAUUAAAUCCAAACGCUAAAGAAUUUAAUCCAAAUGCCAAACCGUUUACACCACGCUCUCCUAGUACACCAACACCUAGUCGGCCGCAUACACCUCAGACUCCUCAAUAUACAGGAGUGACUAUGCCCGCAACUGUUGUUAUGCCCGCGUAUGUAACACCAACAGCAUUUAGUCAACCACCAGCUCAACAAGUGACAAGGUUCCGAAAGGUGCCAAUGAUGCAACAUCGUGCACCAGAUAUAGCGUCUCAGAUGCAAGUCGCCGCAGCAACGGGACAGCCAUUAUUAGCACCAGCCAUACAUCCACCAUUCCAGGUGCCUUAUCCAGGACAACCAGCAUACCAGCAAAUGGUACGCAUGGUCCAGGCACCGCCGCCACCGCCACACAUGGCUACUCCUUACCAUCAUCAUCAUGAUUCGCAAGGACCGCAGGCCCCUGGUAUACAAUAUAUGGGCCCGCACACACAUCCACACCCUCAUGUAACUCAACAACCACCUAGCCAAACGCCAUCUCCGGCCAAUCCAAAUCAACCGCACACACCGGGCGCUUAUAAUCCACCCGGUACUCCACAGCCUACGUAUCCGCAACCUCCGCCUCAAAGUCAUGCCCCGAGUUAUCCAAUUAUGUGUCCAAUAAUUCCACCUCAUAUACCAAUUCCUCCACAGCACAUGCAAUACCUACCACCGCAGCCACCUCCAGGUGCGCAGCAAACUAUACCUGUUAUUUUACCACACAAUCAGUAGCUGGUAACAUGAAGUAAGAGAAGAAAAACAAGAGUGUUAGUAUUCUGAAAAGGUAGAAUAAGACUUUCAAAAUUGAAUUACUUUCACGAUGGUAUGAUUGCUUGCUUUGAUUGAUUAUUUGAAAAACUGCUCGCUUUUAUGCAUUUCAAUUUAUCCGGUCAAUUCAUUAUUUGUUAAGAGUAUAAAUUAAACAUUUACUAUCAAAUUUCUAUAAUGAUGAGCAGUAUAAAAUUAUCUUGCAUUUUGUAGUAAAAAAAAGGAAGGAUAAUCAAUAUAAAGCGAUAUUAUCCUAAAUAAUGUUUUAAACAAUUUUAACCAAUCAAAGAGUAUUAACCAUCUUGAAAGUAACUUUUCUCCUUUAAAUGUAGGUCGAUCGUCGAAUAAUGACCUAUAUCUGUAUUAUGGACUCUUUAUAAAUUUCAUCACGUUGAUUAUUUUAAUCAAGUUUUAAAAUUAUAUUAUUUCGUAAAAUUUUCACGAAUUUACUUUUAUCAGAUUAAUGUGUCAGAUACAAAAGAUGAGUUUAUCAAAGAUUUCUUUGAUAACGUGCAUUUUUAUUGAGUAGUGCUUUAAUAUAUCGGAGAGAAUACGAGGGAUCGCUCACUUAAUAUGCGCAUUUUGAAUUUGGAAGUUCUAAUCUUCUUUCAUACAGAUAUAGCUUGCACUACUUUGUAAAGUAAUUAAAGUAAAAUUUUCAACCGAAAAGCGAAAAAUAUUAUAUAUUGCGCGAGCGAAUUUAUCUUCCUCCUCUCUCCUUUUUUCUGUUUUUAAUCAAGAUGAUUAUCGAAAUUGUGAGAAUAAGGUAUAUGAAAAUACAUGGCAUAUUUUUCUGCCCAUGUGGCCGGAUGUUAAUUCCAUUCAUAAAGAAGAGCAAGAAGAGCUCGCGAAAGAGAAGAUAGAACGGUUACGACUUCUCCUUUAAAUCUGAUUUGAACGAAGCGAGUGAUAAUUAAUGAAGCUGGCGUACGGCUUGCAGGGUAAAACACUAGCGAAAUAUACGAUUCUGCGGUUUGUUGAUGAGUUUUGUUACAAGAUGUUGAUACAUAUACGAUUUUCAAACGCGAAAGAUUACACCGAAAAUGCGAAUAGAUACAACAUCUGCACACCGACAAAUCGCGCUAACGUUAGCGGGUGCGAAUAGCAGGUACUAGAGAGGUACAUAAUUUACAUAUCGACGUAUAUAAGCUUCAAUCAAGUUUAUUAUCAAAACUUCAAUAAUUAAUUUCAACACACUAUUAUUAUACUUUACGCCAGUAGUUUAAUAUAAUCUUUGUAUUUUCAUAUUUUAUCAAAAACUGAUCAAUAACUGCAUAAUAAAAAGCACGA